AUGUCAAACUAUCAAGGUAAUCCCGAUGGCCAUCAAGGUCAACCCCCCGCCUAUUACCCCCCACAGCAAAAUCCCAAUUAUCCUUCACAGCCAGGACAAUACGCUCCCGGAGCACAGCAAUCAACCAACAACCCACAGUACGGCAUCGAUCCAACACAACAGGGUCAAUACCAAUACCCACCUCAAUAUAGCUCCCAGGCAGAGGGCUACCCUAAUGCGCCCAAUUAUGGGUACCCUCCCCAGCAGAAUGGCCCACAGCAGCAGCCGUACCAGCCCCGCGGUGAAAAUGCUUCGUACUACCAGACCAAUGCACCACCCCAACAGCAGCCCGGAUAUGCACCUGGCCCUGGGUGUGCAGAAGGUGACAAGGGUCUAGGCUCAACAUUGGUAGGAGGAGCUGCAGGCGGCUACGCGGGACACCAGAUGGCCGGAGGGUUUCUUGGAACGGCGGGUGGUGCGAUUCUAGGCGCCGUGGGAAUGAACAUGGCAACACAUGAAGUGAAGAAACACAAGAAGGAGAAGAAGCAUAAGGGUAAACACCAUAAGCACCACAAGCGUCGUGGCUCUGGUUCCAGCUCCAGUUCCUCAGAUUCCUCAAGUUCCUCGGGAUCCGAGAAGCAUCGGCGUCGGCACGACCACCAUCAUUGCUAA